GAUCAGCUGACCUGUCAAACACAUAACGCCGUCUGGGUUUGUUUUGGUUUUUCUUUUUUUUUUUUUUUUCUAAACCGCACGCUGAGCUACAAACAUGGCAGCCAAAAUGGAGCUUGCUCCUCUCAGACCAUGGGAUGACUUCUUCCCCGGAGCGGAACGGUUCUCCAAACCAGAGUUCGGGGAUUUAACCAAGUGGAACAACAGAGUGAUCAGCAAUUUGAUCUUCUACCAGACGAAUUAUUUUGUUGUCGCCUUGGUGGUUUUCCUCAUUGUGGGGUUCCUGAAUCCCUUUGGCAUGUUUCUGGGCGGUGCCGUGGUGUCUCUGGUAUUUGCCGGUUCCGUGUGGGCUGGGGAAAACAAGCCCACAAUCAAGAACUUCAAGAAGAAGAAUCCCACUCUGUUUGUGAUUGGCGUAAUGGCCACAAGUUACUUUGUGCUGUCGCUGUUUGGAGGUGUCAUGGUCUUCAUCUUUGGAAUCACUUUUCCUUUGCUGUUGAUCCUGAUCCAUGCAUCUCUGAGACAGCGCAACAUGAAGAACAGGCUGGAGAACAAGAUCGAAGACGUCGGGCUGAAGAAGACCCCGAUGGGCAUGAUCAUGGAUCUCCUCGACCAGCAGGAGGAGAAGAUGAACAAGAUCCAGGAUUUUAUUGAGAAUAAACUGCAGUAAUGCUCGCGCCAGCUGAGUGCCAAAGACAGCAACCAUACAGAAGGGUAUAAAAUGGUUACAAUACUUUCAGUCCUUGCACAUGUAAAAUUACUGAUACUUGCAUUCCCACAUUUUAUUAUUUUUAGUUUUAGAUUUUAUGUGUUGGUGUUAGCGUCACAAUAUAAACUGGAUUGUUGUGUUAGCAGGAAGUUGAGUCAUUGUGCCCUACCUAAGACUUAGAUGUCUAAGUGCAGACAUCUCCAAAAUCUACUCAUUGUAGAUUUUGUAGUACUUCAUUAUAUAUGAUGACUAUUUAUUUUAGUUACGUUAUGUGAAAGACCUCAUCAAAAUAAGUAGAGAUGCUAAAAUUUGUUGUAAAAUUUAUUUAUCUCUGUUUGCUACCUCAGAAUAAGCACGUCUAAUCUGAAUUUAUAAACCCUUAUCAAAACCAAUUACAGAGGCCCUCAAACGUGUACAGUUUGAUAAAGCCAGAUUUUUGCUAGAUAAAAAUUAUUAGAAAUGAUUAUAACAAUGAAACAUUUUCCACAUUUUAUGCAACAAAUAUCCUGCAAAGUUCAACUAAAACACUAAACAAAUGUUUGCGUCCUAAAAAGGUACAUGUGAUCUGAAUUAUUUCAAUAAACAGAAGUAUAAUUUAGGACAGCAGCAAUAGAAAUCCCUUUGUAGCAUAUGCUGAGGUGCUGUGGAGACAGAAAAAUAUAGGAAAAGAGCAACAUUACAGACAUCGAUAUGUAUUACUAAAUAUCCCAAACUUGUAAAAGAAAAUUGUUCAGAGAAGCCAUUUAAAAGUCAACAAAUUCUGUUUGUGUUUUCAUAUGUGACAAAAAUCUGUAUUUUCAUUCAUCUUGUCUAAAGAGGAGGGUAGGAAAACGGAAUCAUUUAAGCUCCAGAUCCAUCUAAAAUAUCCUAUAGCCUAGUUGUGCAUGUGUUUAAUCUGAUUUAAACAUUUAAAGUCAAGAUUUUAAAAUGCUUCAUCAUAGAACAUUCAUCUAAAUCACAAAGUUCUGGAUUUAAGAGGAGUGUGUGCACUCUUGAGAGCCACUGAAUGAAGCCAAACCCCAUUCAUCUGCUGUAUGGAUGGCAAUCUACUUUGUAGGAGCUUAUAGAUACUGAUCUGGGACCAGUUUGUUGAUUUGGAAAAUUAGCUUUUUUUUGCCUGGAAAAAAAUUACAGGUGUGUUGACUUUUUUUCUUUUGGCAUACACUUCCUGGCCAAAUCGCCUAAACUGAGUAUAUACCCUCUAAUAGCAGCUAUGCAAUACCAAAAACGAAUGGCGAGUGCAUCUUUAAUGUAUUAAUAUAAAGUCAGUAUGUUCAAGCCUAUUCAUUCCAGUGCAAUUUUUAAAAAUAAAAGCAUGCCCAAAUCUUAGAAUGGCAGCAACACCUGACUGAAUAUAUGAUGGCAGACAUCUUGUUCUGUUUUUACUUUUUGGUCAAAUAAAGCCUGCACCUGUAGCACAUAUCUGUUAUAUACUGCUUAUGCUGACAAUUAACAUCUAUUGCUUUGCUGUUUGUGAAUGCACAGACUGAAGGCUAUGCAUGUUAUGUCUACAGAUGGAACAUAGGAAAGAUUUGGAUGUGUUAUAGAUGCUACUAAACACUAUGUAAAAUUUCUAGAUGACUAUAAUUCCUUAUUUUAAAAAAUGUUAAUGAAAAUUCUUGGCACCUGAGAAAAAGACAUAUUUGUAUUCUGUAAGUUUAAGUUCAUUUGCAUAAUCAUGGUGUGGAUAUUAAGCUAUUUAAAAAUAUUUUGUUCUUGGUUCUUACAUUUUCUGUACAUGAAAGCAAAUAAUUAUUAAAAUAAAUAUAUAAUCA